AUGAAAGCUCAUCAUACCUUUCGGCCCAUUGCCGUAGCACCGCUACAGACGCGGGGCUCUCCAUGGCUUCAUCAGCAACGGAUGAACCUCAGCAAUGGAAAAGCAAACACAAAUUCUGCCCGCUCAGUGGAGAUCCCAAUGGAAGCCGCGCAGCAUACAACACCAACUCCGGCUUUACCACCUCACUCCCUUCUUCCUACCAAAGCUUUACUACGAUCAUCCCUUGUCGCCGCCGUAUCCAGCCACCCCUUCUUACUUAACCCUUCAUUGUCUAUCUUGACCUUUCUAUCUGGGCAAACUUCAAGACUCUUGAGUUUGGAGAAGAACCCCAUCCUCUAUGCUCUGUUCAAGAAGACCAUGUACAACCACUUCUGCGCUGGUGAGAAUGGGAAAGAAGUAGGGGCUACCAUCAAGGGGUUGAAAGAUAUGGGCUAUUCGGGGGUCAUCCUCACUUACGCGAGAGAGGUUGUGAUGGAUCACUCAACUCAAGAGGGGAGCGGUGUUGGUGCCCAGCUGAUCAAGGACGGCACGGCCGAUGUUCCGGCUCAGACACAAGAUAUUUUUGACGCCGAUAUCGAGGCCUGGCGUGAAGGUGUGUUUGAGACAGCCGGUCUCAUCGGAGAAAAUGAUUUCCUCGCGCUCAAGUUCACUGGUGCUGGGGCUGUGGUAGCCGAUGCCCUCCAAGCCGACAAGCCCUUCCCGAAACAGAUGAUGGCCGCCCUCGAGGAAGUCUGCGAAAAGGCCAUCAGCCAGAAAGCAAGCAUCCUGGUUGACGCAGAGCAGCAAUUUGUACAAAAGGCCAUUGACCGCGUUGCCAUCGAUCUCAUGAAGAAAUACAACCGAGAUGGCAAGACUGUGGUGUACAACACCUACCAGGCAUACCUCAAGGCCACGCCGGAUGUUCUUUACAAGCACAUGAAGCAGGCCGCGGAUGAAGGCUUCGCAAUUGGCGUGAAGCUCGUCCGGGGCGCAUACAUCAACUCUGAACCACGACACCUCAUCAACGAUUCCAAGGAAGGAACAGACGACCAAUACAACAGCAUUGCUUCCGCCUUACUCAACGGGCAGUACCGGGACAUGGGCGAAGACCAACCAUUGCCUCUCCCCAAGUUCCAGCUAUUCAUGGGUACUCACAACAAGGAGAGCGUCCUCAAAGCGAACGAGCUGCAGCGAAAGAGGGCGGAGCAAGGUCUAUGUGUAAGGCCUGUUCGCUACGGCCAGCUUCUCGGCAUGGCGGAUGAGGUCAGCUGCACCCUGUUGCUGCUGAAGGCACAAACCCAGGGCGCUCCGAUGUUCGUGUCGCCUGAAGCCUACAAGUGUCUCAGCUGGGGGACGUUGGGCGAUUGCGUGUCGUACCUGAUGCGGAGAGCCAAGGAGAACAAAGAUGCUGUUUCGAGGACGAAGCAGGAGUAUAUAGCAUUAAGAAGAGAAGUUUGGAGGCGAUUUAUUAAGUACUUAUAG